AUGGCAUCCAGGAGUAAAUCUGAACAGUUUGCUCAAAGUUCCAAAUCGCUCAAAGAGAUGAUGAUCGUGCGUUCGAGAAUCAAUAGACAUUCAAUACGAUUAACACUGUUUAUUGUCGUAAUUACAUUGUUGCAAUGCGCUGCGGUAAAACGGGAAGACUUUCGUACUUGCGCUCAGACUUCAUUCUGUAGACGCAAUAGAGCCUAUGCUGAUCAAAUAUCUGACAAUAACCUCAUAUCACCGUACAUUGCCACCCGCGAAUCGUUAAAAUUAGAUGGAGGAAUAUUAUCCGGAGAGAUCGUAAAUACUCUCACUUUGAUUAAAUUUACAUUUACGCUUGAUCUGCUGGAAGGCAACAUGGCAAGGUUACGUGUUAAUGAGAAGAAUCCAAUCGCAAAACGAUACAGCCAGACAUCGAAAUACGUUCUGGUUGGAGAACCAAAGACUACCAAACAUUAUAGAAUUUUUGACACCGAAGAUGAUCCAUUGGUCAUGAAUAUUGCAUUUGGUGAUGAUGAGCAAAACGAACUUCUUGUCUAUUGCAGUCCGUUUCGAAUCGAAUUUUAUCGGCAAGAUAAGGCCGUCGUGGUUUUAAAUGAAAGGGGUUUACUUAAUUACGAGCAUUUGAGGGAGAAAGCAGCUAAACCGCAACCACCAUUAGUAGAUCAGUCGGGAGAGGGAGACAAUACAGAGGACGUAAAAAGUGGUAGUCCCAUUCUUGUACAAAGCCCAGAAUCAAUAGCAAUGGACAUAACAUUUUCGGGAGUUGAACAUGUCUAUGGCAUACCAGAGCACGCUACUUCUUUUUCACUAAAAGAGACACGUGGCGGAGAUGAUGCCUAUACAGAACCCUAUCGUCUAUAUAACCUGGACGUAUUCGAAUACGAGUUGGAUAACGCAAUGGCAUUAUACGGAUCAAUUCCGUUCAUGAUUGCUCAUCACAGUGAUUCAACGGCAGCAGUUUUAUGGUUGAAUGGAGCAGAAACAUGGAUUGACGUUGUUAAAAGUAAAAGUAAAGAUUCGAAAGUAAGUAUCUUGUAA